AUGUCGCACCUGCAAUACUUCAGCUACCCCGGCUUCGGCGAAUGGGCAGCCGAGAACUUCCACUACAACCAAGCCGUGCGAAUCGGCGACUUGAUAAAGCUCUCCGGGCAAGGCGGCAUAAACCCAGAAACCCAAACAUUCCCUUCCGACAUCUCAUCCGAAAUUCACCAAGCAUUCUCUAACGUUGACCUCGCGCUCAAGACCGCUGGCGGGACGGGAUGGAACCAAGUGUACAGUGUACGUGUUUAUAUGCUAGAUCCACAGGACCAGGCAUCAACGGCGAUUCUGGUGCAGAACCUCCGCGAGUGGAUGCCGGAUCAUAAGCCGCUGUUUACGUACAUUGGUGUCAAGAGUUUGGCGUUGAAGGAGAUGAGAAUUGAGAUUGAGGUCGAGGCGCAUAUAGGUUGA